AUGAGCGGUGACGCCUCCAAACUCGCUGGAGAGGACUCUGGGACCGCGGCAGAGGGGCCUGAGCCCAGUCGCCAAGGCGAUGCAAAGGGAGGCGAGGUCAAGGAGGGAACGAGUGAGUCGGUGAAGGACGUGGGGCCUGGGGAGAAGGCCCCGGAGCCUGGAGCUGGGAAAACCGAUGGUGAAGUCGGCCGUCCAUCGGACCCAGGGACACCGGACGAGGUGGCCGGUCUGGAACCCGGAGAGGGGCCGCGCGGGGACACUCCCACCUCGGCCAACGUGGACCUUGGCCCAGAGUCAGAGGCAGUGACUUCCGGGGCCCAUGGGACAGAACAGGGUUCCCUGGCUGUUGAGGGAGAGGCCUGCAUCCCAGAGUCACUGUCGAUGAAGUCGCUAAGUCGGUCCAUCACCAAGGAAGAUGUCACGUGCCUGAAGAGUCCUGCGGUGGACGAGUUGGAGCAGGUGGGGGAGAGGGGGAGGGACAUUGGUCGCUCCCAGACGGUUCCCCGGUCGUUUGGGGCUCAGUCUCGCCGAGCUGCUGCUCAGAAGCUUGAGAAGCAGAGCGGACUCGGACAGACCUCCGGAGGGACAAAAUCGAAAGCCCACCGGACGACCAGCUUUGGGACGGCUGGGGCAAACACUGUCAAACAAAGGCUGCUGGAAUGGUGCCGGGCGAGGACCAGAGGCUACGAGUUUGUCGAUAUCCAGAACUUCUCCACCAGCUGGAGUGAUGGGAUGGCCUUUUGUGCCCUCGUCCACAAAUUCUUCCCCGAUGCCUUCGAUUAUUCCAGUCUGAACCCCCAAAACCGCAGGCAGAACUUCGAGCUAGCUUUCUGCACGGCGGAAGCCGAGGCUGACUGCUACCCCCUGAUCGAGGUGGAUGACAUGGUCCGAAUGGGCCGACGACCGGAUCCCAAGUGCGUAUUCACCUACGUCCAGUCACUGUGCCACCAACUCCACAAGCUGGAACCCGAACGCGCGGCAGCGCCCAAGAGAGAGUCAACGUGA